UCGUUAAUCAUGGGAAAUUAACUGCACCAAUUAGUUAGCUAACCAACCACACACAAAAAAUAUUGAUAAAACAGAGAAACUAAUGAACUUUGACUAACAUAAUAUAUAUACCUAACCUUCUGGUUAAUUAGCAUGGAAUUAGUCUUUUGUGUUACCUUCUUUCUUUCAUCUUAAUUUCAGCACAAUAUAAUAACAUAUAAUAAAUUAACAUUUGAAGAUGAUCGAAAGAAGAGAUCAAUGAAUGCAAAUAAGUAAAAUACCAAACCUUGUAGACCAUUUCAUCAUCUCAUAUAUCAUACUUCCUUUAAAUAGCCCUUCUUCUCAUGAACUUGAUACCACACAAGCUCCAUUGAUAAUUAAUUAAGAUGGCUUCCCUUGUCCUUCUUCUUGCUCUCUUAGCUCUCUCUUUCUCUUAUUCACUUGCUUCAGACCCUAGUCCUCUCCAAGACUUUUGUGUGGCAGACCUCAACUCUAAUAUGUUUGUCAAUGGCUUUGUUUGCAAGAGUCCAAAGCUCGUUACAGCUGAUGAUUUCACCGCACAUAGCCUCGACAAACCAGGGAACACAUCAAACCCUCAAGGGUCAGCAGUGACACCAGUGUUUGUAGAACAACUUACUGGGUUAAACACUCUUGGAGUAUCACUGGCAAGACUUGAUUUCGCUCCUUAUGGUCUCAUUGUCCCUCAUUAUCAUCCCCGUGGCACUGAGAUCAUGACGGUGCUUGAAGGCGAGCUUUAUGUCGGCUUUGUCACCUCCGCUCCCGAUUUCAAGCUGUUCACGAAGAUUGUGAAGAAAGGAGAUGUGUUUGUCUUCCCCAAAGGCCUUGUUCACUUCCAAUUCAAUUAUGGUGCCAAGAAAGCAGUGGCCAUUUCAGGCUUAGGGAGUCAAGAUCCUGGUGUGGUGCUUGUCCCUAAUGCUGUUUUUGGUUCUAAUCCACCCAUUAAUGAUGGUAUUCUUGCUAAGGCCUUCCAAUUGGACAAGAAGAUCAUUGAUUAUCUUCAGUCUAAAUUCUAACUAGUGAACUAAUGCUGUCAUUCUUCAAUGGGAUUCAUUUAUUGUUGUGUUUGUUAUAGAUAUGUAUUUGUGAUUUCUGUAUUUGCUGAAUAUGUUUGUUUGUUCGGAUUGUUGUGGUACAAUUAAAUAAAAGCCUUUUAUUAUUUGUUUGUAA